AUGGCUUCUCUACAUCGAUCCGCCGCGCCCCUGCGCAGGGCCUUCACCUCUAUAGUCUCCUGCACCACCACCACCUGCGCGACUACCACCACCACCACCACCACCACAAGGGGCCUCGCCACCGUCCCCUCACCGGCCUCCGACGCCAAACCCAAUCCCAAACGCAAGACAUACUUUAAAGACACCACCGUCGCCUCCCUCGAUGACUUUAUCGCCGGCAAGUCUGGCGCCGACGCCGCCCUGUCUCAAUCCGCCGCAUACGAGCUGCGCACCGCCCAGGUCGGCCCCGAGGGCAAGAAGCGCACCAUCACGCGGCUGCCCGAGUGGCUCAAGACGCCCAUCCCCGCCGGCAACGACAACUUCAAGAAGAUCAAGGCCGAUCUGCGCGGCCUCAACCUGCACACCGUCUGCGAGGAGGCCCGCUGCCCCAACAUCUCCGAGUGCUGGGGCGGCUCCGACAAGUCGGCCGCCACCGCCACCAUCAUGCUCAUGGGCGACACCUGCACCCGCGGCUGCCGCUUCUGCAGCGUCAAGACGAGCCGCGCCCCGCCGCCCCUCGACCCCCACGAGCCCGAGCACACCGCCGAGGCCCUCGCCCGCUGGGGGCUCGGCUACGUCGUCCUCACCAGCGUCGACCGCGAUGACCUCGCCGACGGCGGCGCCCGCCACUUCGCCGAGACCAUCCGCAAGAUCAAGCACAAGAAGCCUACCCUCCUCGUCGAGGCCCUCACCGGCGACUUUGGCGGCGACCUCGACAUGGUCAAGAUUGUCGCCGAGAGCGGCCUCGACGUCUACGCCCACAACGUCGAGACCGUCGAGGCCCUGACCCCCUACGUCCGCGACCGCCGCGCUACUUUCCGCCAGAGCCUCAAAGUCCUCAAGCACGUCAAGGACGUCCGUGGCGACGGCGGCAUCAUCACCAAGACGAGCAUCAUGCUCGGGCUCGGCGAGCAGGAGCACGAGCUCAUGGACGCCCUCACGGAGCUCCGCAAGGCCGGCGUCGACGUCGUCACCUUUGGCCAGUACAUGCGUCCCACCAAGCGCCACCUCAAGGUCGAAAAGUACAUCACCCCCGACGAGUUUGAGAUGUGGCGCCAGCGCGCCCUCGACAUGGGCUUCCUUUACGUCGCCAGCGGGCCGCUCGUCCGCUCGUCCUACAAGGCCGGCGAGGCUUUUAUCGAAAACGUCCUCCGAAAGCGUGCCGGCGACAAGGCAGCCAUCACGGCGCAGGCUGGCCUGGACCAGGCCGUCGCCAUGGACGGACGUGCCGGACCAUGA